CGCUGACGGGAGGCGGUGGGUGAGGCGCGGCUGGGUGUAGCGGUGUCGCGGAGCCCGCAGCGGUGCGGACCCCUCGGGAGGGCCCGGCUCCUGCCGCUGUGUCCCGCUCUUCCCCCGGGUCACGGCAGAGCCGCGGGCGCCCGUGGGCCGAGCCCGCCCUGACAGCCCCGCCGAGCCGAGCCUGAGCCCCAGCCCUGCCUGCUCUGUGGGAGAUUUUCCGCCCCCGCUUUCCCAGCUCACCCCCUUAACCUUACGGCAACCUCAGGGCUCAGCUCUGGUUCCUGUCUCCGAACGAGGGAGAGCCCGGGCAGAUCGGGUGGUGUCAGCCCGGGGAGAUGCUGGACCCCGUCCUUCCCUCAAAACCCCCUGGGAAUGCCUGCCAGUGCUGCUGGAGACCCCAGCCCCGCUGCAGAAAGCCCUGGGCUCCGUGCCGCCGCUCCCCGGGGCGGCCACGGGCCGGCUGCGAGAGGCAACAAGCGCGGCACAUCCCGGGGAGGGAACGGGGAUAAUUCACUUGUCAUUUUCCAUAUGAGAAGAUGGGGCUGGCUGGAAGCGAAAGGCUCUGGUGAUGGGGAAAGCAGGCACCCACCUUGCUGUGGGCUGCGGCUGGCAGGGGGUCGCUGCCAGACUCGGAGUGAAUGUCCAGUCCUGACUGGACAUUCGGAGAUCCUGAGAUGCCGUGGAGGUUUGCUGGGGCUCUGGUGUUGGCAGCAUUUCCAUCCAUGAUUUGGAUGUACCUGUGUCACACCACCUCCCAGUGCUACGAGGGCUGCUCUGGGUGCAGGAGGGUUUGAGCUGUAAAAGUUAGUUCAGCAAAGCCAGGUAUUGCAGGCUGUGCACAAAGACCCGGGUGCCUGUGUGUGAGAUGCUGGGGAUUCACAUGGCACACGCCAGACAGGAGCCACCGCUUGGGAUAAGCCUCAGGGAGUGUUUGGAGAGCGUGACCUGCAAGGGACAGAGGGACUGGAAUCCUUUUAGAGAAGAGAAGGGGAAGCUUCACGCCUGCACAGAUCUCCCAGGUCUGUCCUGCUACAAGGGAAGCUCAGCCUUUCUUGCCUUCCUCCCUGGAGAUGAGAAGUAAGGGAGCCUUAGUGGAAAUACUGGAGAGGAAACUCCACAACAGCAGGUCUGGUGGUACAGGGGCACUUUUUGUGAGGAACUGUCUGAGUCUCCUCAGAGCAGAGGGGGAAGAUGUCAGAGCAAGAGGUGUAGCUCAUCUGACCUGGAUCUUCAGGUAUACUUGAUCUGCACUGAGAGGAGUGGAGGUAUGGGUUAGCUGCCCACUCGAGCUGCCUUUUAGCCCUCAGGAUUUAAGAAAUACCAUAGUAAUUGCUCCAUAAUGUUCUAAAGCCUGGCUUUGGCUGGCAGACUCACUUGGCACCCCUCAUAUAACUUGAUCUUUUAAACAAGUCACCAAAUGUCACAAGUGAGCACAUGAAGCAAGGCUGGCUGUCCCCUUGCUUGCUUUGCAGAGCCCACAGUAAGCUGAAAGCUGCAAAAUAAGCCUGGAAGUGGGCAAGAACCCCAAUCCAUCUCAGCUCCUGGGAAGAGGGGGCUGCUGAGCUGCCAUGGGGAACACCACCAGCGAGCGGGUGUCUGGGGAGCGCCAUGGCUCCAAAUCCCACCGCUCCGACGGCUCCGGUGCCUCCCACCCCGCCAAGGAGCACCCGCACAAGAUCAUGGUGGGCAGCACCGACGACCCCAGCGUUUUCAGCUCCCAUGACUCCAAGAUUCCUGGGGACAAGGAGUUUGUGUCGUGGCAGCCAGAUCUGGAGGAGUCAGUGAAACCAUCCCAACAGGCUCGUCCAACUGUCAUACGCUGGGCUGAUGGAGGCAAGGAGGUCUUCAUCUCUGGAUCCUUCAACAACUGGAGCACCAAGAUCCCACUCAUCAAGAGCCACAACGACUUUGUUGCUAUCCUGGACCUUCCAGAAGGAGAGCACCAGUACAAAUUUUUUGUGGAUGGCCAGUGGGUCCAUGAUCCAUCUGAGCCUGUGGUUACCAGCCAGAUGGGGACAAUAAACAACCUCAUCCACGUCAAGAAGUCUGACUUCGAAGUGUUUGAUGCGUUGAAGGUGGAUUCCCUGGAGAGCUCAGAAACCUCAGGUCGGGAUUUAUCCAGCUCCCCACCAGGACCUUAUGGCCAAGAGAUGUACGUAUACCGGCCCGAGGAGCGCUUCAAAUCCCCACCCAUCCUCCCGCCUCACCUCCUCCAGGUCAUCCUCAACAAGGACACCAAUAUCUCGUGUGACCCAGCACUGCUGCCCGAGCCCAACCACGUCAUGCUCAACCACCUCUACGCGCUCUCCAUCAAGGAUGGCGUGAUGGUGCUCAGUGCCACGCACCGCUACAAGAAGAAGUACGUCACCACGCUGCUGUACAAGCCCAUCUGAGCCGGGGCCUUACACGCUCCCCACGCAGGACACCAAACGCCGCUUGUCUGCACACACUGGGCCACGGGACUGUGUGACAACUGGCCACUGGCUCCAGCCUCCAACCUGGCAGGGACACGGGCCCCAGCAACAAGCUCAGGGCCACGGGGGCCUGUGACGCUGUCCCAUCCUGCUGGCGUGGUUUAGCCCUUGGUUUCCGCCCACCUGCAGCUUCCCUUGGCUUCUGUGAGUCGCUGGGACCACUUUGCUGCUCACCAGAACAGCCCCUCCUCACGCCCAACACAAAAAGGGCUUCACCCUGCCUGUCUUCUCCAGCCUGUGAGGGCCUCAAGGUGGUCCUGGCUCUGCACCCAGUCCAGGCUCCAGGAACACAUCCUGAUCUUCCGGAGGUUGCGCUGCUGCCCUGGCAAUGAGUUUCCAAGGCCCCCUUGUCUGCUAGGGGCUCUGCGACACUCCAGCCUGGCACCUGUUCCCUGUCCCACAGCCCUGGCUGUGGGGCUGCCCCCCAGCUUUGAGGAGGGCUCUGCAGCCCCGGCCCUCUGUGAGGUUCAGCAUCGAGCCAGCAUGAUGGACGGUACAGCUGGACACAGCCAACUCUUACCUGCUGCUGUGAGAGCACCAUCAAGGACUGCACUGCCCUGUCCCCAACAUCAGCUGCUUCUGUGGGACAGGGCUGACUUUGUCACAGCCAGAGGGGCACUGGCACACGCCCACGCUGGAGGGGCCUGGGAGGAGCAGAGCCAGGCAGGCACUCCAGGACCCCGACUGCACCGCCUGCUGCCGCAGCAGUGCCAUGGAACAGGGGGUUCUCUAUUUAUUACAGUAUUUAUUGUUCUCA